GUGUCAAAUAUCCAACACUUAACCUAAUACAUCCAUAUAUAUAUAUGUUAAAACAAAUGUUUGCUCCAAAAAUUGAGCAAAAUAAAACUGUUGAUAGUUAUAUAGAUCUUAUCUAUGGCUCUUUAAUACAAGAUAAUAUUUUAAAAAGUGCUAAAGAUAAUAAUGAUUUAAGUUCUACAAGUGAUAAUAAUGAUGCUCCAACUGCUGGAAAUCGAUAA